AUGAGAGUGAAGGAUAUCAAGAAGUUAUCUGUCUUUGACCACUCUUGUCUAAGGCACAUAUUACGGAUCCGUCGAGCGGAUAAAAUUUCACAAGAUCGCAUCUACCUUCGUUCAAAUACCACUUGCAUAAAUUAUCACAGAGCGCCACAUCAGUUGACGCAUAUUUCGUUAUUUGCUAAACCGUGUGACGGUUGGCGUCAAAAGCGAGGUGGGCUAAUCAAGACCUGGACUGAUACGGUGAGAAAAGAUUUUGAACGUAUAGGUGGACCAGCAAUAUAUGGACUUAGACGAUGGAAAAAGGAAUGGCUUCCAUUACUGUCGACGAUGGCAUCAGACCGCGCCGCUUGGAAGCGUCUUAUCCUUGUAGCCGUUGGAGCAAGCAUAACCAGUAAUUGUGGGAGUUGUUAG